AUGAGCUCGCUGUUCCGACCCAUCCUCCGCACAGGCCUCGUCCGCCACACCCCUUUCAGGAUCGCCAACUACCGCCCUCCGACGUCGGCUCUCCGCCCUCUACGCAGCACCCCCGAUGCCAUUCUGAAACCUCCGUUGAUUCAAUUCCGUUCUGUCGCCAGCUCAGUAUCAUGGCGACCCGGAAGCCAGACCUUGGAUCAUGCAGCAACCAACAUCAAAGAAGAAUUAGGCAAUUCAGCUUCUGAUAUGGCCAAGGCCAUCGCGGGCGCUAAUUUCACCAGAGAUUCUGUUAUCGACCAUUCUGGCGAUUCGUUCAUUGGGAUUACGACUAAAGUCGCAUCUCAGGUUCCUGAGCCCAUCCUCGUAUUGGGAUUAGCAGGCGGAUUACCAUACAUCGGGGCAGCGGGGACUACAGUUUAUCUGGCGAGGGAAGCCCAGUUGGCCGCCUCGGGAGUCGAUGUAGGCAUCGACCCCGGAGUAGCGGCAACUGUUCUCGACCAAGCGCUCAACUUCCAAGUCACUUACGGAGCCGUUAUGUUGUCGUUCCUAGGUGCCCUCCAUUGGGGGUUUGAGAUGGCGGGCUACGGUGGGCAUAAGGGGUACACGAGACUGGCGAUUGGAACGGUCCCUAUGGUGGUCGCGUGGAGCACCCUUGGAAUGCAACCCAUGGAGGCUCUCUGUGUACAGUGGCUUGGAUACACCGGCCUCUGGUAUGUAGACUCGAAAGCGACUGUGGCUGGAUGGGCACCCAAAUGGUACUCCCAGUACCGAUUCUAUCUUUCGAUCCUGGUCGGAACCUGCAUCAUUGGAUCUCUGGCCGGAACGUCCUACUUCGGUCCCGUUGCCGGACAUGGGUUCCUCUCGCAUGAGAUUGACCAGCUCCGUGAAAUGAGGAGGGAGAACAUGCCCUUGAAACACGGAUUGAUUCCGGGAGACAUUGAGGCUGUUCCUGCUGGACCUGAGGCGGACAAUUAUACCAUUAUCCGUAAGCGAGAGCAGAAGUAA